AUGGUGGAAAGUCUUAUAGUCUCUAAACUGGAUUAUUGCAACGUUGUGUUUAGUCCUCUCCCAGAGUACCAGACCAAACGCCUUCAAAGAGUACAGAAUACGUGUGCGGGUUUUGUGUUAACUAAAUUUGCUGGACUCCAGGAUGUUAGAAACCCAGGUUGGCUCACAAUCAAAGAGCGUUUUGAAUUUAAUAUAGCUAAGCUAGCGCACAAGUCAUUAUACAAUGAGGACUUUCCACUAAAACUCAAGCAACACGUCGUAAAUUGUUAUAGUCUUAGGUCAUUAGCUGCACCAAAAUUAGAACUUGCCAACAAAAUUGAGAAGAUCACUCUACAAGAUCAAGCUGCAGAAGCUUUUAAUAAGCUUCCUCGGGAGCUAAGGAAUUGCAGUGACCAUGCGCUUUUUUGUAUAAAUCUUAAGAGACACAUACUGACAUGCAAUGGAUAA